GCGGAGGUGCCCCAGGAGCAGGGACUAGACGCCGGCGCUUUUAUGGUCGGAAGGGGAAAGCCCCUAACAAGCGAGUUGUUCUGCGGGGAAGUAGGGGUCAUGUCCUGCUAACAGAUAACCCCUUUCGACCAAAGAGUCAGCAGAGUGCAAAGGGGUAAGGACGCCGUGCAGUAGUUUCCCCCCUUCCUUUUGAGUGUGCCCGCCUUCAUACUUACUGUACAGAGUUUGGGAGUAGAGCUCAUCUAGCUAAGAAAAAAAAACUAACCUAGGAGGCAGUUAAAAAAAAAAAGACAACAAAGAGUCCUGAGGAUGACAGCAGAAGCCAAUCAUGUCCAUCCAGUGUUUGAACUGGCAGAGGAGAAUGAUGGCAAAUGGAGCGAUCAUUCCAGGAUCUCUCUGGAACAUAUAGGAAAAAGUACAGAUAUCAAGGCUUACAUGAUAAAGAAAAUGAAGAAAAAUUGCAGCUGUAGCUCAGCUAAAGCCAAGGAUCUGGUUUUCAGUUUUCUCCCAGUACUGACAUGGCUCCCCAAGUACAAACUGAAAGAGUAUUUCUUGGGGGAUCUUAUGUCUGGCAUAAUUGUAGGAAUUUUGCUGGUUCCGCAGUCUAUUGCUUAUUCCCUCUUGGCUGGCCAAGAACCUAUCUAUGGUCUAUACACAUCAUUUUUUGCAAGCAUCAUUUAUUUUCUGUUUGGAACUUCCCGUCAUAUCUCUGUUGGCAUUUUUGGUGUACUCUGCUUGAUGGUGGGAGAAGUGGUGGAACGUGAAGUGCAGAGAGCUGGAUACGAUUCAGUACCUGGUGCUUCUAGCAAUUAUCAUUCUGAUAUAUAUGGCCUCUUAAAUAACACAUUGGUGUCUUGGACUGCCAACCAGACUUCACAGAUAUUAUGUGAUAGGAGUUGCUAUGCAAUUAGUGUUGGAGCAACUGUGACGUUCAUAGCUGGGAUUUAUCAGGUCGCUAUGGGCUUCUUCCAGGUGGGCUUUGUCUCUGUGUACCUCUCUGACUCCUUGCUCAGUGGAUUCGUUACUGGUGCUUCCCUCACCAUCCUUACCUCACAAGCCAAAUACCUCUUGGGCCUAGACAUUCCACGGAGUAAUGGCAUUGGUUCCCUUUUAAGUACAUGGAUAAACAUAUUCAGAAACAUCCACAAGACCAACAUCUGUGACCUCAUCACCAGCUGCUUGUGCCUUCUUGUUCUUAUCCCAACAAAAGAGUUGAAUGAGCGGUUCAAAUCCAAACUUAAGGCCCCCUUGCCCACUGAGCUCUUCGUGGUCAUAGCAGCCACACUGGCUUCUCAUUUUGGGAAGCUGAAAGAGAAAUAUGAUUCCAGUGUGGCUGGACACAUACCAACUGGAUUUCUGCCACCACAAUUGCCAGAUUGGAGUCUAAUUCCCAGUGUGGCUAUGGAUGCAGUGGCCAUAGCCAUUAUUGGCUUUGCCAUCACUGUAUCUCUGUCAGAGAUGUUUGCCAAGAAACAUGGCUACACCGUUAAACCCAACCAGGAAAUGUAUGCCAUUGGUUUCUGCAACAUCAUCCCAUCUUUCUUCCAUUGUUUCACAACCAGUGCGGCCCUUGCCAAGACUCUAGUUAAAGAGUCAACAGGCUGUAGGACUCAGAUCUCUGGUGUGGUGACUGGUUUGAUCAUCUUGUUAGUUCUGCUUGUGAUUGCUCCCCUGUUCUAUUCGCUCCAGAAAUGUGUGCUAGGGGUCAUAACCAUUGUCAAUCUCAGAGGAGCCUUGCGAAAAUUUGGUGACCUGCCAAGAAUGUGGCACUUAAGCAAAAUUGACACAGUGGUCUGGUUGGUCACUAUGUUAUCUUCAGCACUGAUAAGCACUGAACUUGGUCUUCUUAUUGGGGUCUGUUUUUCAAUGAUGUGUGUCAUUCUGCGGACACAAAACCCAGAAGGACAGCUGCUUGGUUUGGUACCAGAAUCUGAAAUCUAUGAACCCCUCCCUGCCUACAGUGGCCUUCAAGUUAAGGCGGGCAUCAACAUUUUUCGCUUUGAAGCACCAAUAUACUAUGCUAACAAAGAGAACUUUAAGUCCAUGCUGUACAAGAACACUGGAGUCAAUCCUUCAUUGGAAUUGGCAGCAAAGAGAAAGCUGGAAAAGCAAAUGCUUACUGAAAAAUCAGACGGUGCUGGUGGAAAACAGGCAGAAACCUCAGUGCAACUUGUCUCUCAGCAACUAGCAUUCCAUACCCUAGUAAUAGACUGCUGUGCAGUGCAGUUCUUGGAUACAGCAGGGAUCCAUACACUCAAGGAAGUUCGAAAGGAUUAUGGGGAAAUUGGCGUCCAGGUGCUGCUGGCUCAGUGUAAUCUCUCUGUGAGGGACUCCUUACAGCGAGGGGAGUAUAUUAAAAAGGGGGAGAAGCAUUCUCUCUUCCAUAGUGUGCACCAGGCUGUGGAAUAUGCACUGUGUACCUAUAAGCAUAAUGGCAGCUGUUCCUUUGAAAUCUAAUGUAAGUAAAAGCUUCAUGUUUAAUGAGACUAAUGAUGCUGGGCAUUAUAUAUAUCACGAAGUUGUAAAGGGCUAUUCCUUGUUUUUCACAUGCUAUUGAUCAUACAAGAUUAUAAAAUGCAUUUUUACCUUUAAUUUUGCUCUGCUGAGUAGAGCACUGAGGAAAUACUGAUGAAUGGUAUGAAUGAGGCAGUGUGGAUUCAUAACUUGUGCUUGGCUAGGAGAACAAAUACUCAAAAGCUUAGUGUGCCUCACAAAAUGGGGCCUUCUGGUGUGGAUGCCUGAAAGGCCUAAAGACCUCAUCCCACACUCUGCUAGGCAGGUAGUGCCACCUUUCAGGGUGCUCCUUUCUUUCCCAGAAGGAAAGAUUCCCACUUCCUUACACACUCUCCCCCUCCUCACCCUUCCCCCAUUGCUACCUUUCAGGGGAAUGCUUCUGAAUUAUGUUGAUGUGUCAUGGUGUCAUUUAGGGAGAAGAGAAUAGCUCAGAAAAAUGGAAAUCCAUCUGAUUUGGGGCAUUUCUGCCCACUUUAGGAAUCUCACCCCACAUUGCUGAAAAAGGCCCCCAGGAUAAACUGUAUGUGGAAUUAGGUGGCUGUAGGCAUGGAGUAGGAAAGAGAAGCUGUUUCUAUUAACAUUUCCUUUCACUUACCUUAAGAGUGAAGACCAUGUUUUUUUAUCGAACUGACAAUUUCAACUGAGUUUUUUUCAUAAUUUAAGACAGGGCAAUUUGUGUUCUGAUUUUUUUAUGCCUUAGUCUAAGAAAUGACUGAAAAUAUAUGCAUACCUGACUUCUAAAAUGAACCUGAGUUUUGAAAAAUAUUUUAUUAGCUGUUUUUAAAUCAUUUAUGGCUUUAUUGGGUUUCAAAGGCCAUAUCAUUGGACAUUACAUAUUUUAGAGUUGUAGGUGUGUCAUUUGAAAUAUACUAUAUGAAGCAACUAGAUACAUAGUUUGUUUAGACUUUAUUUAGGAAACAGAAACGCUAACUCUUCUUUUAGCAAAAUUAAUGGAUGGUGGCCAGGAUAACAUGUUAGCUCUUCCUCUGUCUGCCCCUCAAAAGAGAUCAUCCAGUACGAUUACAUAAGGGAUCUGGUGAAUAAUCAUUUUUACAGAUAGAGACUUUCAUUGUAUUCUUUUUUGUGUGUUCCCCAAAACUUUGCAGAAAUAAGACAUGUUCAUUUUUUUUGAAAUUCUCACAGGAUAGAUAUAUGAAAUACUAACUGAAAAUGAAAUAAAAGCAUUAUGGGCACAUCUUAAAUCAAAGAUUCCUUUCCGUUGCUUGUUACAGUGCUAGAGUUGAUAUAAAGGGUAUUGAGGGUUUUUUAUUUUGGUAGAACAGGUCUUUGCUUAGGUAUAAGGAAACUUUGCGACUUAUGCAUUGCUACUAUUAGUUUUCUUGGCACAAAAGGGAAGGGCUGUAACCAUUAUUAAAGAAGAGUUUCUUUACAGUCUCUUUUGGAAAAAUUGAAAUCUGUCAUAGAUAACAGCAAAGGUAAAAUGUCUGUUGAGUUAAAGAGUUUGUUGCCAAAGCAGGUUUAUUCCCUGCUUCCCAGAAGCAUAUCGCAAGUACCUAUGUCUGAAUAAUGGAGCUAAGAUCCACAAAAUAUAUAGAAAUUCGAUAUUAAAAAAUCUGAACAAUUUUAAGCUUAUUUCAUUGACUUAGAAACUUUCAUUUUUUCUGAGUGAUUUGAAAAUAUUAGUGGACUUGAACAGAAGAGAUGGAUAUUCAUAAGCUAAAAGCAGUCAAAGUUUCUUCUACUCAAACAUUUUAUUUCCAAAAAGGGCCAGUAGGAUGCUGGUCAAUAAAGCAAGAAGGCAUUAUUUCUCUUCUGUGUUCCGUGGCAUCUUGAAGGCUUCAUGAAACCAUCACAAAUAAUGGCUCUUGAUAUACCUUUCCUCUGUGACUUAGUGUAACCCAGAGAUAGGCAGCCAAGUGCCUGGCAGCAUCACUAUACCAAAAAUUCUUCCUUGGGUGGCUGCUGGGCUCUGUGCCCACCUGGAUUUUUUUAAAGAUGAUUUUAAUUGUAAAAUAAUUAAAUGGAAUGCCUCUAGAGCAAGAGGAGAUAGAAUGCUGUAAUUUGUUUGUAAAUCAAUGUUUUGUGACUGGCUGUGCCCAUCAACAGCCAUUUUGUGACAGCACCUGUAACAUUCUCUCAAAAUUCCAAACAUGCCUAACAGCUGAAAUGGGUUGCCCAUAUUUAGUCUGACCUCUAAAAGCCACCUAAACCGUGGAAACCAUGGUGACUUACUAAGAGAAAUUCAGUUUGCAAAUGUACUUUUCUUUACCCAUUCUACCUAUUGCCAGUCAAUUGUAAUAAGUAAUAUUAAAUCCUAAUGUUAUGAAUUAAGGAAGACAAAGGUAUGCCCACCUGCUAUUACCUGCAGUCUGCAAUUUACGGCUAAAUCCCUAGGGGGCACAAUUUACUAGGGAAGUAGCUGCUUCAAUUUUUUUUUUAACGAUUAAGAAUUGGCCAUGUCUGUCUUCAAGAGAGAGUAAAUUGCACUGGGGUUGAAUGCAUUUAUUUGUUUAUGCCUUCAGGGAGGUAAUAGUGCAUUUUCAUUGUCAAUUUUGUAUAAUAAAUUAUAAUUUUAGGAAGAGGCUUCUUGGCUUUUUAAAGAUUACCAUAAAAUUACUUUCAUUGUAUUAAAACCUUUGAUCUUGUGGAGUAUAAUGAAACAAUACACUGAAACUUUGUUAUUAAGAGAAGAAUAUACAUUUUAAUCUCAUAGCUACUAAAAAUAUAAUUCACAACUGGAAAUCACACUGCACUAAAGAUAUGGUAUUAAAAUUGGUGUGGUUCUUUUAAAAUGAAAAGGUCUAGACUGGUUUGGAAAGCCUGUGGUCUUGUGACUGUUCCCUCCUCUGGUGCUAUUUCCACUGCUUCAUGUGGUUUUCAGUUAGUUUGUCAAGGAAACUGCAGAUAUAUUACUCCAGAAUUACAGGACUUCCCCUUUUGAGUCUGCAUUAUAAAAAGUAAUAAUUAACUAGUUUCCAAAGCCUUCAAAUUUAUUAUAUUCUGUGGAGUCCUUAGUGCUCUCUGAGCCUUAUUGUUUUCUUGCAGAUGUUUCAUUGCCAGACUAGCAAACCCAACUCCCUUUUCGCACUGAAGACGUUGCCUAGCCUGGCAAUGAAACGUCUGCAAGAAAACAACAAGGCUCAGAGAGCACCAAGGACUCCACAGUUCAUCCGUGAGCUACAAAUAUUCUCUUUGAUUGGUUAUUACAUUCUGAUGGAACCUUUUUGUUUCACUUGGGAUUGUCGCCUUUUUCCUUAGAAAUAUUUUGUCCUUAGUAAAUGCACUCUAGGGAAACAGUAUUUAUAUAGUUAUUUUCCAGGGAAGUAGGUAUAUUUGUCAACCAGUUAUCUUUGAAAAGGAUAAUAGGUGUAAAUCCGUCCAAUGUUGCAUCCAGAGAUAAAUUACUAGUAGGAGUCCACCAGUGAUUUCCAAAAACUAGUAUGGAAAAUAGUCUUAAUGAAUAAAGCUGUUUUCCAUGAAGAUCCUCAGGAAGCUUAGAUUUAGGAACAGAAAAAUUCAACAGAAAAUUAAUAGGUUCACACAUUUCACAAAGACAUGAUGUAGUGUUUUCUAUCUUAGUAUGUGAUAUAAACCUAGCCACUGUAGAUACCUGGUAAACUAUGGUUAAGCAAAAGGCCUGGCUUAGUGCAAGUGUCAAUCUGACCUAAAUAAAAUUAAUCUGAAUGUAGAAAUCUGGAGAUACUAUUUUUAUUAUGACCUUAACCACUGCUGAACUCAAAUUGUUUUGUUGUGUGCAUCUGGUGGUUUCUCGUUGUGCACUGCUAUGUCUAUGUUUCCUUGCAAGGUUGAAGUAACUAUGAUUCCCAAUUCCAAAAUCUAACUCCAGUGUCUGGGCCAAAUUAAUAGACUUCAGCCAUUGGGAUUUGCUCCUGAUGCCAUAGGAGGACAAUGGUAGUAAAAAGGUGGGAAUUUCAUCUGCAGGACCAACUUUUGUGAAUGAGAUUAUGCAAUCUGCUCAAUAAUCUGCUGUAUUUAGUGAAGAACUUAAUUUUUAAUGAGCAAUACUUUUUUUUUCCUUGCUGAGACCUUUUAAAAUCAAAAAGGCCUCUUACAGCCUUUGCCAUCUGGUAAGAUGGAAGUUGAUUUUUAGGGAGAAUGUUUCUGUAUGUUAUCAGCAAGAGAAUUAAUAUCCAUAAAACUUCAAUUAUAAACUCAACAUGGAAUCUUUUUCCCUCUUGGAGAUGCUAUUUAUAGCUGUUUUUGUUGCUUCUGGGAUAUCUAAUACACUGUAAAUGUUCUGGCUUUGCAUUUAAUAAUUGAAUAUAUUUUAAAAUUAUACUUUUAAUAAGUGUCAUAGUACUAAUUUUAAUCUGCAUUUUACAAGAUUGUAACCAUAAACAUUGUAAGCAUUUCUGCUUGAAAACUUGCUCUUAAUUGCCUUUCCACCGUUUUAGUUACAUAAUGUGUCCUAAGCAACUUCGGUGUUUGCUUUUUUCGCAAAAAUGCCAAGACAUGGCAUAGACCAAAAGAGGCAUGAAUGUGACUUGCAGUGAAUAUAGCCAUUAUUUUUAUCUGUCUGCCUUGCUAAUUUAUUUUUUAAUGGAUCUUCCAUUUGCAAAAGUAUUUUUGAAAGCCUGCUACAAUUUUUUCCCCACAGGGCAUGCUCCCUAUCUUUAUUGUCCUGUACAACAAAAUGCCUUUUGGAAAGAUUUUACACUGUAUUCUCCUAAUAGUAGUAUAUACAAGUGUGCCUUUCUUUUAUCACCUGCCCACACUGAUUUAUUUAAAAGCCAUCUUGCCCUGAGGGGAGAAGAGCAAGAAUAGCUCUGGGGACUAGACUGAUGAUUCCAGUGGAUACAACUUAAGUGGUUCAGGUACGGCUACAGAGCCACUUACUUGCAGACCACCGUGACCCUGGAUACAGUCCAUCAGGUGGCUGGUGGAAGAUAACAGCAUGAAAGAGAGGGUGAGAUCUCAUGUCAAUUCUCUUAUUACAGUUAGGAAACCCAGCUGCUACAAAUGAAGUUGCUUGAUUUUUUUUAAACAACAAACACAUUAUGUGUGUUCUAGAUGUUGCCAUUACACAUUGUUCUAGGUAUUUCAGUGAGAAGUGAUCCAAAAGUAUAAUAAUAAUUAUUUGAACAGCUGUGUGCUGUAUUAGGCACAUCAGUAUGGUGAUGGAAGCAAUUCACAAACUGAAUUUGCAGUUGUGGUCCUUUGGAUUGCUGUUACUAUUAGCCACUAUACAUUGGUAUGUUCUUUCUAAAUGGGUGUAGUCCCCUGCAGUUCUGUUGUGUGUGAUUGUGCAGAAUUAAAAAUAAGGAUAUUUUAUUUUAUACCAUUGACUUUUGGAUGGUAGGCCUCCAGAUAUCUGGAUACAAUCUGCAUCUUUAUUUUUACUAGAUAUCCUUGGUACAGAUUAGGGUGGUAACAUUUUCACAGUUGGGCUGCAGUUAACAUUUGGGUUUGGGGAGAGAAGAGGCCGUAGGGGCAGGAUUGUCAUGCGAAACAGUAGGGUGGUUUCACAUAUAUCAGUAGGGCUAAAGUUUUCUGUCCUGGUUUUGUAAGGGAUAUAUUGUAUUUUUUCUUUGCUUUUUAUAACAGUUCUAAGCCUACCUCAAAGCUCUACAGUACUGUUUCUCAGUUAUCAAUUUUCUGCAGUCCCGCUGUGUGAUAAAAAUCGGCUUUGGGAGCCCCACCACCAACUAUAUACUCUGUGUGUGUGUGUGUAUGUAUACACUUACAGUGUAUAUAAAGAACUUCAAAUGUCCCAUGUGAAACUAAUUUAGCUUUUUCCAGUGAGAUCAUCUUUAUUUUGGAAAUAUGUGUUAGUAAGGUAAAAUCCUAAUCAAAAUGACCAGAAGAAUGCUGAGAAAUGUACCCUAACAUCAUCUGGUGGUUGCUGGUUUGCAAAAUGUUAAACCAGUUAAUAUUUCAAAUUAAAAUUAUAAACUAUUUAGGGUGAAACUAAUCAUUAAAGAGACAUUGGCUGCUGUCUUUUUAUGUUCUUCUCUUUUGUCCAGUAAAAUGUAAUAUAUGGCAAUGCAUUCUAUGCUCUUCUGCCUCCUCUUUUUAUGGAUGGAAAUGCAUAGUGUGCAGAGUGGAUAGUCUGAUGAUAACAUGGGAGACAAGGAAGUAGCACUCUGUCCUUUGUAAAAUUGGCAUUGCCCUUCAAAUUUCUAUCAUUUUCAGUGCUUUGCAGCGUGGAAAAUUAUUGUUUGCAAUAUGUUUUGGUUUGGGUUUCUAGUAUGGCUUUUUUUAAUGUUCUGGUUCUUAAGUAAUCUGAAUGAAAAAUCUCAUUUUAACAUAAUAGAUGGCUGGAUAUUAUAAACCUCAGGGCAGGAACACAUACUCAUUUACAAAAGCAUAAAUCAAGUUUAUGCACCAAAGUGACUGAAGUGGAACACUAAACCUGGAACCCUAAACUCAGCAAAGUGUAUAAAUUAGGUAAAUAAGCAAAUGUGUGUUGGGGGAAAUGGGCUUCUAGAGAUUUCAUCAGACUUUGUUUAACUGUAUGAAUUAGAGAUUUACUUUUAGGAACAAAAAUAGUAAUUUGCUGGAUGCUGGAUCCUGCAAAAUUCAUAUAGCCAGAAAACUUUACAUUUACAAUUGGUCUUUACAGUUAUACUCUGGCUCCUCUUCAGAUUGCAUUAAUCUUUCACCUUUUACUAAAGGUAUCACAUUCCUUAGGAUUCUAUGAGUUACUUAGCUGUAUACAAUGUGAUUCCGUUGAAAGUAAAAGGGUUACUCGAACAAUGCUUUAUAGGGUUAUGUCCAAUAUUAUGCAAGCAAGUUUCAGUUUACAUAAUGGGAUUUCUCUUUGCACCUUGCCUGAAGCUCCUCAGCAAAAGUGAAUCUUUUUUCACCAAGCUGAUGACCCAUAGAGCUCCAAAAAUUGUUACCAAUUUUUUUUUUUAAUGUGACAGAAGGGGAAAAUUAUUAAAUACAUGGGAAACAAACUAAUUAUGCUUAUGUAGAUGAAAUUAAAUAAAAUGUAUUACGUGUUCUGGCCUCACAUUCUGUACUCUUUGGAACGGACCAGCAAAAGUUAUAUAUCGCUGCCAUAUAUAACUAAUUAUGGUUGGUUGUUACAAGAACAAACUCAGCAUCUGAAUAGCAACCCCACCAAGUAAUCCUUUGCUAAUUUUGUAGCAACCAGAGUUUGCUGUUAGUGUGAACUGGCAAACUUGCAAUACGCUGCAGACUAGACAAUAACUAAUCAGUGAUGCAUGGCCUGAAAUUUGGCCAUGUAACAACGGAGUGGAGUUUAGCAUUACAUAUGAACCAACUGUAAAGUUGGUUUUACUACAGAGCUGUGUCUUUCAUUGACCACUACAGUAGGUCUCAAAAAUCUAGAUUAUUUAAAGAAAUCUAAGAUAUAAGCAGUUCUAUAAUUACUAUCCGUCAAGCCAGGAUGUGCAACACUUUAGUCAGCUGAGGGGGGUGGGGAGGAUUAGAUUUCAAAAGUGGCUGGGUCUAGGAUGGUGGAACCACUUAGAACCUUUUAAACAUUUUCAUGAUGUUAAUUUUGUAAAUUAUUUUAUUAUAUAAGAUAAAAUAUAAUAAAAUAUCUUAAGACCAUCAGAUGGACUAUAACAAUUACCAAUCAGAUAUUUUUUAAAGUAAUAUUGCAAAUGCAGUAUCUAUCAUAUAAUAAUUCACUCCUUUGGAGAUUGUUUUGCUCAGGAAAAAGUCAUCCCUGUUAAAUAUUAGAGCUGUUAAGACACAUUAAGAAUCAAGAUUAAAUAAUGAACACAUUGAUAUUUUAAUGUCAUUCAUAUCUGAGAUUAAUUACAUCUUUAGCACUUAAUGCUAUAAAAUAUUUGUUUAUUUCAUUUAUUUAUCAUGACCUUUACAAGGUUUUUCACAACUUCUUGGAAUCUAAGUAAUGCUUCAGAGAUUUCAUUUAAGAGCCCUGAAAAGUAGUAUCUCAUUGUUCAAACUCUUUUAUUGGGUUUGCCAUCUACAUAUCAUAGGGCAGCUUGAAUGAGGAGCAUGGCACAUUAUAGUCUAGGAAAGAAUGAUUAAUUUUCCAAGCUGCUUUGAAAAUUGUAGAUUUUUUAAAAACUUAGAAAAAUAAUUGUGCACUAUUCAGAUGCUCUCAAAUUAAUAGUGAUUUAAUGACAGAAUGGGGCUGCUGUCUGUAUGUCAUCAGAGUUACAGGAUUUUUCUGUACUGUAAACGGAAAGUUUCCAAUUGUCUUUACAAAAAUAAGGGUGUUUAUAUGGAGGAAUAUUCUUGUACUUUGUAGAUUCUUAUUAAUAUGCAAUAUUGUUAAUCAUUGCUAAAAAAAAAAGUAGUAUGAUAAAAUUGGACAAGUGGGCUGUUGACCAAUAUGCAAAUCAGCAAAUAUGGUCACAGUUCAAUUAUUUAUUUUUGUGAAAGUUGUGCAAUAUCCAAAGACGUGGGUAGAUGAUAUGGGCAAAAGGUUUAUGGCAAAACAAAUGAAAUCAGUUUUUCUGGGUAGUCAACUCAUGUUUUCUUAUGUGGACUUUUCAGGUGCAAGAUACACAGUACUUAAAUUCUUGGCUGGGAAUCUGAGGGGAUAGGGAAUGAACUCUGUAUGCCUCACUGCCGACUCUUUUCUGAGCUUCUAAAAUGAUAGCUAAUGAGUCAUUACAAAGGAAGAGAACUGUACUCUCACCCAUCAUUGGUGAUAAGCCUAAGAAAAAUAAUCAACAGAAAUCAUAAUAAGACGUAACCUCAUCUGCUUACAAAAGUUACAUGAAAUUCGUUGCAAUAUGGAUAAAAUGUUUGAUUAUUCUGCUACCUGUAUGAUUGUAGAUACACAAUUCUCAGUUUAUUUUAAAAAAUGUGCUAAUUAUGUAGGAAGUAAAGAAUUCAGAUACCAGAAAAAGUAGGUAUAUUGCGAUAUUUCAAAAUCUCUAGGAAUUCCACAUAAUCUGCUGGCAGAGUCCUCUGCUUUGAAGGCUUUUUCUUGCAUUCAAAAUUCUAAGUGGGAAUACGCAUUAAACUCUUUUCCUUCGACUGCUUAUUGCCAUAAGUAGAGCAGGAGAACAGCGCGGUGUUCUUCCUCUUCUAAUUUUCCAUUAAUUACAGCAUGGUUUUCUGUGCAUCUGCUCAUCUACUAAGAGAAGCAGUGCACUUUGCAGCAUCUGAAUAUAGUUUCCUAUAAAACAGAGCUAGUUAAAAAGUAGCAGGUAUUUGUGAAUGUAAAUAGAAAUGCAAAUAGGAAGAGAUUUUGUCUCCUGCCAUCUAUGCACCGGCAAAUGUCUAAAUCCCUUAGAUAUUUUGUUUUUUUCAUUUGACAAAAUUGCUGUUGGAGAAAACCAGGAAUUAAGGUGGUUAAGGAUGCCCAUGCAAUAUAGUGGUUAAAAUGUUAAAGAGUCUCAAGGACACCUGCUUUGAAUUUCUCACUCAACCGAGGAGUUUACUGGUAAUUUGGCAGUCAUGCUCCUUAGUUCAACUUACUUCGAAUGGUUGUUGUAGUGAUGAAAUGAGAGGCAACUUCCAUUUAUGCUGCCUUGAACCACAAUGUUAAACUUCUGUUACUAUACAGGUAGGUCUUGAUUAGUGCGGUUAAUGAAUCCCACAAAAUGAUUGCAUUAUUUGAAUUCACACUAUUCAAAGUGAUAUGGAUAUUUUCUAUGGAAAAUAUGGUAAUUGCUUCCAACUCGACAGAAAUAGGCAAUGAAAAACUUUAGGCAUGUGUUUUUAUAUGUAUAUUAAUGAAAUAUUACAGUAAAGGAUAAAAAGAAUAUACUUAAUUUAAAUUUAUGGUUAACAAAGUCACAGAGGAAGCAAAAUAAAAACAAAAACAUUCCACCAUAGAUUCAGGCAUUCCAACAUCUCAUCCUGUUUUAGCGUUGCUAUGACCACAUUCAUGUUGUUCAAUUACAUCAGUUUUUUUCUCUAAUGUAAUAACAAGCCCCUUUUUAAAAGUUGUACUGUUUUCCUCUAAUGGAAUCUUCUUUUUCUCUAUGUUGCAGACAUGAAAAUUGUUUUUUUGUUUGUACCUUCAAGUCAGUUUUGACUCCCAAUAACUGCUUGGACUAGAGGUAGUCCUCAUUUAAUGACCACAAUAGGGACCAGACAACUGGUUGCUAAGCAGUGCGGUCAUUAAGUGGGCCACCACAUGACCGGACCUGAUUUUAUGACCAUUUUAUGACAGUCGUUAAAGGAAUCCAGCUUACCCAGUGGACUUUUUUGCUGGAAACUGGCCAAAAAGGUCGCAAAUCGGGAUCACAUGACCGCAGGAUUCUGCAACUGGUUAUAAAUGCAAGCUGGCCGCUAAAUGAGGAUUGCGAUCACGUGACUGCAGGAGUGGUGCGAAGUUUUGCAACAGUCGUAAGUGUGAGUACAGGUUGAAAAGCACUUUUUCCAAGGCUGCUGUUACUUCAGACUGUUGUUAAACAAACGGUUGUUAAGUGAGGACUUUUCCUCACUUGUUAAGUGAGGCAGCUUUCUUGGCAAGGUUUUUUUUUUUUUUUUUUGGAAGUGGCUUGCCGUUGUCUUCUGCCUAGGGCUGAGAGAGAGUGACUGGCCAAGGCCACCCAGCUAGCUUUGUGCCUAAGCCAGGACUAGAACUCAGUCUCCCAGCUUUUAGCCUGGUGCUUAACCACUACACCAAACUGGCUCUCACAUGAAGAUUAGCAGCAUCUAAAACCCCAGCUGUGACUGUGUAUACAUUAGCCUCAAUUUUGCAUGUGCUAGCUUUGCAUUAACUGAAUUUUUGGUCACAUUAAACGCAACCAGAUAACAACUUACAAAUUACACUAAAUAGGAUAUCACAUUAUUCAAACACUAAUUGCAACCUACCUGUAUAGUAUUGGUUUUUAUUAGGUUAUUUAGAAACCGUCAACUGAAAACAUUUGGCAUUUUUAAAACAAGUUUUGUUGUAUUUUGUCCAAAUACAUGUUACGUGGGGUUUUCUUUGUAUAGCAAAGAUCGAAGUCUAAAAAUUCAACAACCAAAGAAACAGCAAGCAAAUGUUGCCAUUUGUACUAUUACAUUCUAGCUUCAAAAUUGUAACACUAGAAUCUCACAAGUUUCAAAUAUCUCAGAAAACGUUGAAUGUUUUCAUAAAAUUGUUUUAUAAAAAUAUUUACCAAUAAAAAUAUUUUAUACUA